AUGUCAUCAACAUUGAGAACAUUUGAAAUAAAAUUAGAUAAUCCAACAGCAACCUACGGAGCAGGUGCUAUAAUAACCGGCCAGGUUGUGGUUGAUGUCACCAAAACAAAAAAAUUACGAGCCCUGAAACUAAGAUUCAAAGGAAAAUGUUCAGUUCAUUGGCAGAAAACAAGUAGCAGUGGAAAAAGUUCCAGAACUGUUGACUACACUGGAGAAGAAGAAUAUUUUCGUAAUGAUGUAUGUCUUUUCGGAAGUACAGGUGGUGACACUAUUGAAAUGUUGGCUGGACAUCACACCUACCCAUUCAGUUACGCUCUUCCCCGAAAUAUCCCAAACAGUUUUGAACAUGGAGUCGGUUCUGUCGAAUACUCGAUGAAGGCAAUAAUAGAUCGUCCAUGGAAAUUUGAUCAUGAAACUACUAAGAUUUUUACUGUCGAAACACCUUUCGAGUUGGAUUCACAAUCAUAUUCUAUGGCUGGUAUCCAUGAUGAGAAAGAAGAAGAUUAUUGUUGCAUUUUACCGUGUAUUAGCAGAGGUAAUAUGAUUUUUAUUUUUGAACUGCCAACCACUGGAUACGCUUGUGGUGAACCUAUUCAUACGACUGUUCAUAUUAACAACCGAUCGGAUUCUGUUGAAGUUGAAGAGAUUGAAGUAAAACUAGAACAAAAAUUAGAAUUUCACGCACGAUCUCCGUAUAAGAAAACAAAAACUAAAAGUUGCGUUGUCCAGCAAAGUAAACGAGAAGGGCCUUUUCUUAAAAAAAGUGAAGUACUUGUUGGACUACAAGUACCUUCCGUUCCACUCUCAAAGCUUCAAUAUUGUAGUCUUAUAGACAUCAGCUAUCAAGUCCAUAUUGAAGUACAUGUUUCUGGAUUGCACUGUAAAACGGAAAAAUUCUAUGACAUUCUGAUUGGAACAAGACCUCCAGCAAUAGCUCAUCAAGUUCAUCACCCGGUUCCUAGUCAACAUCCACUACCAAUUACUUCACCAUCUGCACCUGUUGAUUACUCUCCAGCAUAUGAUCCUGUAUCGCCUUUUCCAACUCCACUUAUUCCAAUGCCUGUUCCAAGUGUACCACAAAGCGAAAAAACUCCACCGUAUCCUCAGUUUCCUACACCAGGUGCGCCCUACCCAACUCAAUCUGGUUCAAGUCAAUAUCCUCCUCCAGGUGCUCCUUAUCCAACUCAAUUUGGUUCAGGUCCAUAUCCUCCAUCAGGUGCACCUUAUCCAACUCAACCUGGUCCAGAUCAAUAUCCACCUAAUAACGCCCCGUAUCCUAAUGUCCAUCCCUUCCAAUAUCCCUCAGCUCCAGGUUUUCAGCCUCCCCGAAAUGUUGAAUUUGUACCAUCUAAUCCAACGUCACCGUUUCAAUAUCCUCCAGAGCAGCUUCCACCUUCGUAUGACUCGGUCAUGGCCAAUGACAACAGAAAAUAA